CAGCCAACUCUGUAAUCGUGAAGCAGUUCUGUAUUCUAUCAGUACUUCAAAUGUCCUUCAAAGAGUAACAGAAGCCGUGGAAGUAGUGAACCCCAAUAUAUUCUGCAUCCAAGCAACGAACUACCAGCCAGCAUUGUCCUUCAUAACCCCAGAUGAACCAACAGAGGCAAACUUUGAGAGUCUUGUCAAGCAAUUUGGUGGAAUGGACUUUAACAGUGAAAGUUACGUUCAAAGCCUAGUUGGCUCAUCUGAAGCCCGCAAUGCAUCAAAAUAUGAGUAUGGUUCUCCCAUCCUGACUCUGGACUCUUACUUUAAAGUCCCUGCUCCUCUGGGUACAAGUGAAUGCACAGACAGUAACCCAGUAGGAUUUCUGGAGAGCCAAGAUUUCACAUGUACCCGAAACAUUCAGAUUGAAAAUUGCUCAAUCUCUGUCCUGACUCUAGGAACCUACAGAAACAUUGGAGUUUUGACUGUGCCUACUUCACAAAAUGCGAUUAAUGUGGCUCUUCAGGCUAUUACAGUAAAAUCUGUGGAUGGAGCGGUCUUUCGUGGAAACCUUAGUGACUAUGAACCUUCCUAUGACAGCACUACAGGGAUUUGUAAUGAUGUUGUUCUUGGGGGAAGCUAUACGUUUACGUACACAAAUAAAGGGGAGAUCACAAGCAUUGCGGCAUCUUUUAUUCUUGGAGCCAUUGACCAGAACAUGGUCCAACAGAACUUCCAGAUACGUUUCAUUGAGAAUGGCACAGCUCCCACCCCUCUCAGUGGGAAUCCGGGCUACGUAUUUGGGCUGCCUGUGGUUGCUGGGUUUAAAUUGUCACAAUCGGGUAUCGUUCAGAGUACCAAUAGAUUUGGACAACUGACUCUGCUCAAGAGCUCAAAUGACCAAAACUGUUUAGCAGGAGAAGGACUCAGGACUCCAGUUCUAUUUGGUUAUAACAUGAUGUCUGGCUGCAGACUGCGAGUCAAUUAUACCGGUGCUGGAUUUUGUAAGAUUACCAGUGCUGCCAUUCUGAAUGUGCUACAAGGACAACAGUUUCCCAACUAUGUGGCCCAGUUUGGGAAUUCUCAGCCAGAGAACGUACUAGACUGGGUACCAAUUAAUACCAUUACCACGGAUCAAGCUGAGGUUCAGGGUAUGUGCAAAAUCCCAGUUUCUUUAAAGCUGGAAGUUAGGUGGACAAAAUAUGGGUCCUUGGUGAACCCACAGGCACAGAUAGUGGAUGUGGUGGAGAAUAUCGCCUAUGCUUCUUUCCCUAUUAAUCUGGAAGGUGGAAGUUUUCUACAGAUCUCUUCCUCUGUGACUUUUGUAGAUGUCUCACAGCCAGCAAGUCCUGGUUACAAAGCUCAGCCCACCAUUGAUGCAAAAUUGCCCUUUGAUUUCUUCCACCCAUUCUUAUAAAUACACUGAUUGAUCUUCUGUAUCAGCAAUGAAUGGAUAAUACAUAUGGAAGAAAAUGAGGUCACUAAUAACCAACUAGCUUGAAUAUGGACAAAUAUCUGAAGAUAGUUCUACAAAAAGACUUUGCACUGUUGAGAGUGAGGCCUAAGACCGCAUUCACACAGUCAGUGUUUGGUCAGUGAUUUCCAUCAGUGAUUGAGAGCCAGAAACCAGGAAUGAGGCCUACACAGACAUAAGGUAUGAGGAAAAGAUCUGCACC